UGCCUGCCUCGAUACACUUGAGUACCUCUUUCCAGCAACGCGUCGUCUCUCAUACUAUCAAUGAAUGGCACGACUUUUACGGAAUGAGUCCAAUCGAACCGAAGAGCAUUCGUUUUUAUGACAAGACCCCACCCACGCUCAAGCCUCUUGCAGAUGGUCCACAUUUCUGGUUAUUUGACAAAGAAAACCCGAUCGGUUAUGACGGACGAGCUGGCCUAAGCAUCGACCGGAUUGUCAAGUUGAUACAAUCGCACAAUUCAUAUGAUAUACAACCGCUCUUGAUUCCAGAAGAUUGGAAGAACGGCGAUCCCAACGCGAAUGUACCCCCUGUCAUCGUAACCUUGCAGAACUCCUUGUGCCACUAUAUAGAUCAUUUGCACACAAUUUGGGACGAAACGCCCGUCGAAUUCUACAAGCCACGAUCAUACUUCUCGACUAUACCCUAUCCGUUUCCCAACGUCACUCUACAUGAAUUGCGAGACCCGAAGGAUAUGCUAUACAGCGUCGAGUGGACGAUCCUCAAGAUCUUAUCAAAGGCGCAUAUGGGAAUGGUACAAUACAGCACACUCGGUGUAAAAACUUUCUAUAAUGCUCUUCUCCCUGCUAUCUGUCAUCAAAUUCGGGGCUGUGAAGUGCUCAGGUCAACUACUAUCACAUUUCCGCGCUAUUCUGCCGAAUAUGGAUCUUCUACAUGCUUAGAUUUUGUAUGUCGACCAUCCAUCGACAACCUCCCGCGUGGUCUGCCUAGUGGGUUUGUGCCGGUUCUUUUCGCUGCGCAUCAUCUAGAUGCUCUACAUCCGUUUACG